AUCGAAAAAUUUCCCAAAAAUUUACGGUGAGACGUUCUGAAAAGUUACGGUGAGUUUAGAGAAAUGCUGCAAAGUCAUGAUAUUCAUGCAGUAAUUCUCGGUCCUCCAGCAAGACUGUGCUCUCUUCCCGGUUGCUUAAAGUUGCCACGCAUCCGUCAAAAUCGGCGAUCCGAUAUUCUUGGCGAAAAAUCAUCAGAGCAACUCCUGUAAUCGCCUCCGCUGGCCUCUCACAGAUUGGGCUAGGAGCUGAAACCAAGUUCUUCUCUGUGGAAACUCUGGGUUCUAUGCCUUUCAGUUUCCAUUACUGAUCAUCUUAUCAUGUAUCGGUGAAAGCUUGGUUUUUGUCUUCUUUCCCCACCUUAAAAGUAGGUCGCGGUUUUCAGUGGUGUUGUCAUGCACUGCACGUACUGAAAAUUGGAGUUUCCGGGGCCAAGAUUUUGUUAAAAUGGAGGGAAAGUUAUUUACAAGUCCUCCACCACCUCAACUCUCAUAUUCGAAUCGGCGGAUUAUUGGUAGUAUCAGCCAAUCAAAGCGAGUCUAUCAAGUCUGGAAAGGAAGAAAUAGAUUCUUUCUUGGUGGCAGACUUAUUUUUGGUCCAGAUGUGAUGUCAAUGGUAUUUACGAUAUUUCUAAUUGUAACUCCAGUGAUUCUAUUUGCUGUUUUUGUUUCUCCGAGUCUGGUUGAUGAGUUUCCUCACCAUCUUGGCAAUCUCAUAGUAGCAGUAUCUGUGGUGUUCACAGCAUAUGUUAUUGUUCUUCUCUUUCUUACAUCUGGAAGGGAUCCAGGCAUUGUUCCUCGUAAUUCUCACCCUCCAGAGCCAGAAAAUGAAAGCGCAUCCUCUUCAGGCUGUCCAGGAAGUCAAGGCAAUUUGCCACCCAUGAAAGAUGUGAUUGUCAAUGGAGUAGUGGUCAAGGUCAAAUACUGCCAUACAUGCUUGAUAUAUCGCCCACCCCGAUGUUCUCAUUGCUCUAUCUGUAAUAACUGUGUUGAGCGAUUUGAUCACCAUUGCCCCUGGGUUGGGCAGUGUAUUGGAAAGAGGAAUUACAGAUUCUUCUUCAUGUUCGUGUCUUCUACCACUAUGCUGUGCCUAUAUGUUUUUGCAUUCUGUUUGGUGAAUAUCAGGAAAAUAAUGGAUGCAAGCCAGUGUAAUCUCUGGGAAGCUCUUCUGAAAUCUCCAGUUUCAGGGAUGCUCGUAUUAUACACAUUUUUAGCUGCUUGGUUUGUUGGAGGGCUAACAGCAUUUCAUAUAUACCUAAUUUGCACCAAUCAGACAACGUAUGAGAAUUUCCGAUAUCGGAGUGAGGGAAAGAAGAAUCCUUAUAACCUUGGAUGGGCUCGCAAUAUUGGGGAAAUCUUCUUCUCUAAGAUUCCAAGUUCUAAAAACAACUUUAGAGCAAGGGUAAAGGAGGACUCAUCUGCUGCUCUCACCAGUUCAUUAUCAUUAGACCAUCCAAUGAGCCCAGAGAUGCCCCAAACAAGCUUUGACAUUGAGACGGGUGGUAAAAGACAACCUGUUGUGGGAAACGAGUUUGAAGAUUUACAGGGUCAAAUUGAGAGUGUUUCUGGAUCAGAGAGGUGCCUAACUCAGGCAAGGCAUACAAACCGGGAUAAAAAAGGUGACUUGGAGACACCUGUUAUACAUGUACUGGCUGUAUAGUCAAACUGAGAGUGUUUCUGGAUUAGAGAGGUCUGGAAUCCAACCAUGACACACAAACUGCUGGGAUCAGAAGGUAACUGGGCGGUUACAUCUGAUAAACAUGCAUCUGCUACAGAAUUUGGAAUUGUAGAUGGCUCAACAAAUAGAGAGAAUAUUUGUGGGAGCCAUUGAGAUGAGAAUCUAGAUCCCAAACUUGAGGGGAUAAAAGUGGGGAUGGAGUUGUUCCAUUGUCACUAACGCUGGCAGAAAAGAAUCACUAAUAUAGAUGGUGGAACUUGGUGUAUAAGCUGAAAACUUGAACCAGGGAUAUUUGGAGCUGCCAUGAAAAGAUUUCUGUUCCUAUUUCCCCUGUAGCAAAGGAAGCAAAGAGUUGGUUUUGUUGAGAAGCUUUUUCUGUGGUUGGUUAAGGGGGAAAUGUGUUGUACACUAAGACUGCCUUUAGUUAAAAAGGCGGGAAAUUUGUGUUUUGAUGUGUUUGAUUUUGCUUGACAUAAGAGCUAGCUACUUCUGCAGGAAUUAGAUCUCGGGUUUCAUCUGGAUCUUGAUGAUGAGGAAAUGCCAAAGUUUUGAAUGAUGGUGGAAGGCUUUUUCUUUAUUCUUAAUUAUUGAGAAU